AUGUCUACCGACCGCUCACUCCGAGCACGCCAGCUGUACCGAUUCUACCAAGCAGCCACAGGCGAAGAGAAGUCAGAUAUCUGGAACCGGCUUGAGACGGCGGAUCCCGGCUUCAAGAUGCUCAAGGACCUUGGCUGGGAUUUGCAGUUGGUCGACGGAGAUGAGGAAAAGUGGUUAGAUGGUUGGAACAAGAAGGGGCAAAUCAAGUCAUGGAUCUCUAAUAACCUCGCCUCUUGGCGCCGCACUCGGGACAGGCAAGAAGAGAGCAAGACGCCAGCUGGCGGAUCGCAGGACGAAGAAACACAGGCAGUGGCAGUAGGAGGACAACCCAAGGGCGAACAACCUUCUCACGACAGCAGCAUCCCCCAGCCGAAAGAUAGGCCGUCUUCCCCACAACCUUCAGCAGCUGCUCAUCCCCAUCGGCUGGUGCGCAGUCAAUCUCUGGGCCUGCAAGCGAGGCCAGACCAGCCGCGAGACAUGGCCAACAACACCAGCCUGUUGCGCAACAACGUGAUGAGGCCGAUAGUGAUCCCGGCGUCGAAUGGCGGCAGAAACGAGUGGCCGCUGCGCCUCAGGACCAAAGGCACAACAACUAUCAAUAAGAUGCCGGGGGAAUGGGACGCGGGACCGGAAGAUGUUGACCAUGGAGCCGAGGGACUCAGCAGGGGUGAGACUGUGGGGGACGGUGAUGGUCCUAGCACAGUAGGUCUGAGUAGCGGCAGCAGUGUGAUGGCAGGACGGGACGGAGCGGCGAUUGCUGAGGGCUCACAGAAGCGCGUGACGCAUCAAGAGCGACAGAAGUGGCUGGACUGGUAUCGCAACGUGUUUCUGCCGGAGCAGAGGAAGAAGGAGAAGGAGUGA